AUGGGUGCGUAUAUCACUUACCAACUCAUUUUCAAGCUUUCCAAUCGGUAUCGAAGCUCUGGCGUCGUCAUACCUCCGGCUCCUGAUAAACAUGUUUUAGACUCAACUAAGAUGAAAAUCUCCAAAGAUUCAUUGGUGGAAACUGAGUUCAUUGAGCGAAGGCGAAUGUCUCUUGAGCGUUUCAUGUUUCGACUUCUCACCCAUCCGGUACUACAAGGUGAUAGUGAUUUGCGAGAAUUCCUUGUUCUCGAUGGGGAACUUCCUAGAUUUUCCGGCGCGCAGUUGCUCUCCGGUUCCUCUGCAAGGAAAAUGCUCAAGAGUUUUGGUGACUCCCUAGGAAAGAUUACUUUCCGUGUAGAUGAUCCCGAGGAGUAUUUUGAUCAGAAGAGUGAAGAACUGGAUACAUGGGAGCGUCAGAUGAAACGUUUUCACUCUUCCCUUUCCUCUUUGGUUGCAAGCUGCCAAGGUCUUGCAGUCUCGAGGUUCGCAGUUUCACACACCAUUUCUCAGCUGGCCAAUAUUGAAGAGCACACCGGACUUGCUCAAGCUCUGGGAAGUCUUGCAAACACCGAGGAGGAGAUGAGUCAGCACUACUCAGCAUUAGCAGAAGCCAAACUGACUACUUUGGCCGAUUGCGCGAGGGAUAGUCUCGGUCUUAUUCAGGCGUCAAAGGAGGCUGUGGCUGAACGUCUCAAAUUGUUUCGUGAUUGGAAGGCAACCUGUGCGUUGAUUGAGGCUAAACAAGAACAGAAGCUUCGCUCGGAGUUGUCCGGCAGGAAUGAACCGAAGAGGAUUAUGGCUCUUGACGCCGAACUCGAAGAGUUACGGAAUCGCUCGGAAAUCGAAGAAGAAAAUUUCACCAAAGUCUCAAAAGUGGUCAAAGAGGAACUCGAACGUGUGGAUGCAGCCCGUUUGGCAGAUUUCGUACAAGCGGCUACACAGUUUUUGUCCACCUUCCUCCAGACUCAGGGAAAAAUCCUGGAAGCUUGGGAAUCCUACUUAAAUCGUGCGAAGUCUGUCAAUUGA